UCCACGGCAUGAAAGUCAGAUUGAGCCCUGCUCAAGAUUUAUUUAUCAAUUUUUCAGAAUGCAAGACUUGUAUUCUUCUGUACAACAAGAUUAUUAAUGCUGCUUCUUUUGUUACCAUUGUUGUUUUUACUGUUUUGUAUAGUUCGAGAGUGGUGUACAUCGUGUGCAGAGAGUACCAAAGUCGGAUGCCAUGGGUCGUCGUCACACCAGCACCGUGGCCAUCCUCAUCCUACCAGAACCCACCGAGCUAGAUAUUGUCAUUGAUGCCAAGGAUUUAAAAUAUGAAGUGUUCAGAGCAUCUGGUGCUGGUGGACAGCAUGUCCAGAAGACAGAGAGUGCAGUACGUGUGACUCACAUCCCAAGUGGCAUUGCAUUCCGUUCUGAAACAUCUCGUGUGCAGAGUGUGAACAGAGAAAACUGCCUGAAGCUGCUUCGAGCCAAGCUCUUUGACAUUGAAUCAUCAAAAAAGGAACAAGAUGAACAGGAGCAUCGCAAAUCGAUUGUGGGCAAGAUGGACUUCAGUGAGAAAGUCAGGACCUUCCACUACUUUGGGAUGCAGGUUGUUGACCAUCGCUUCGAUCUCAAAACCACUGGACUGACAGCGGUGCUGAACAAUGCUGCCGAUACUGCUGCCUUCCUGGAGAAGGUGGCCACAGCUGCAAAGAUCAGAGCUAUCCGGAAAGCGCUGAGGGCAUCGCCGCCGGACCACAUCUUCGAGUUUAAGCCCAAGACACUCCAUGCGGCCGAGUCCCCGUGAGUGUGUUCCGGGCCGGAGUCAGCAAAUACCCUGAAACCUGUGCACUGUGCAUGGUAUAAACGUAUGUGCUGUGACGGAUUGACCAACAUGCACAUGGGCGCACUCUGCAAGUCUUUUGUUCCUCGCCCGAACAGAAAACCGCUGGCGUAAGCUCUCAGCUGGGUUUUUUCCGCCAUGCUAUUCACGUUACAGUGUGGAUGGUAUAGCAGGCCGCAUAUCCAGUAGUGUUGCUGUUAUAGGUGUCCACCCCUAUCAUAAGACUCACCACUACAGCUCAGUGGUACAGUACACUGCGAGAGGCAUCGGGCAGCUUGCGUCCUAUUGGCACACUGAACCCGACAUGCAAUUGCCAAUGAAUGCGCUCCGCACUGUACUGCAUAUCGGGUUUCACACACAACCUGUGAUCUCUUGGUGCAAAUUUGAUAUCACUUCGAGGCGACUGACCUGCUUGUACGAGCUGCAACGCACCGCACGCAGCAGUCCAUAGCUCGUAACAGAAACUACACUCUGGCCUCUGGAUGAGAAGCGGGACUUCCCCCCCC